AUGGUGGCAGCGCACAAACCUCAGCAAGCCCUUGUCACUGCUUCUCUAUUUGGGCCGGUUAUUGUGCCCAUUUUCACCUCGCCCCAUUCAAACGCAACCCCAACCCUCCAGUCAGGCCCGAACUCCGUCCUGCCCCCACAACCCGUCCCAAGCUCUGUCCAACACCUCCAAUCCGCCCCUUUCUCCUCGUCAACACAAACCAAUGGCCUAGGACCAGAAAAAUCCUUCCUCUCGGCUGCUCAACACACCAUCCCUACCGAGCCCUUCUCUUAUGGCUCUCUUUCCCUCUCCGAUAGCAUCCCGAAGGUUCUUUUCUCUUCCCCGGAAGUCUAA